UUGUCAGAUUUGACUUAAGUGUUUUCUCUUGGCUGGUUGAUUAACAUAAAUUGCUCUGAUUUUCCACUCAUAUAUAAUCGGUCGUCUUUAACAGUUCAAGAAAACAUAGUGUUGAAAGCCACACUUGAUUACAAUCAUGCAGCUUUUCUUAGUUACCUGUUUGAUUUGUGUGAGUGGAGUAAUUCGUGUACAAUCGCAUCAGGAGAUGAAAUCCGACAAUAAAUCCGAUGUUUCCUCCUUGACAUCUUCUUCAAAGAUUUCUAACGUAUUACGAGACCUUUUGAACCAAGAGAGCCUAGUUAGGUUCUCUAUGACCCAGAGAAUCCAAAGUUUGGUGAUGGAUGCCUUAGACAAUAAGAAUAACAGUUUGAUUUUGAAGAGGAAGCUACGCGACAUAACAACAGAAUUACAGUCUAUUGAAAAAAAGGACGGGGUGAUGAAGGAAGAAAACACUCUGCUAAAACAGGAGUUAAACACCGUUAAAGAGACAAUUAGUUCUGAUAAAAACCUCAUAAAACAGGAGUUAAACACCGUUAAAGAGGCAAUUAGAUCUGAUAGAAACCUCAUAAAACAGGAGUUAGACACCGUUAAAGAGGCAAUUAGAGCUGAUAAAAACCUCAUAAUGGAACAAAUUCAAAGUCUUAAUAAGACAGGGAUAAGUGUUCUUACAGAAAAAAUGGAGGAUGAGAAUUCAAAAUUCAGACAGGAGUUCAGGAUUCUUAAAGAAACAAACCAAAGAGAGAACUCCAAACUUAGACAAGAAUUAAGGAUUCUUAAUGAAACAAACCAAAAAAGUAGAAAAGAAAUAAGUAAUCUUAAUGAAACAAACCAAAGGAUUGACGAAGAGAACUCCAAUCUGAGAGACGAAUUAAACAACUUGAAGGAUAUGUCUAGUUACAACAAGAGAAACAUUCAAAACCUCAACAACACGAACGAAACAAUAAGGAAAUACAACGACGAUUUUAGGCUACAGUUCCAGAUGAUCAAUGACUCUCUGCAGAAAUAUGAUUUACAACUGCUAAAUAUUUCUACACAACUUUCAUCAGUGCGUUUGAAUUUACCGCAUGAAAGCUGUAUGGAGAUUUUACAAAAUAACCCAGACGUGAAAGGAAAAGAUGGGGUAUAUUGGAUAUUUGAUGGUGACAAGAAAAGGAAAGUGUACUGUGACAUGACUACAGAUGGAGGGGGCUGGACGGUUAUCCAAAAACGACAGGAUGGUUCUACAGACUUUUAUAAGACUUGGGCAGACUACAAGAAAGGAUUUGGAGACCCAUCAAAAAACUACUGGAUUGGAAACGAUGCAAUUCACUACUUAACAAAGACAAAUCAGGAACUACGAGUGGAGCUGUUGAGUUUUUCUGGUGAGAAAGCGUACGCCCUGUACUCCACAUUUCAAGUCGGAAACGAGAACAGUAAAUACCGGCUUACAGUAUCGGGAUACUCAGGAACAGCGGGAGACAGUUUGGGGUACCACAAUGGACGUCACUUCACUACACAUGAUGAGGAUAACGACAUUUACAGUAAUAACUGUGCGGUAAGACAUCACGGAGCCUGGUGGUACUCUCAAUGUGGUUACUCCAACCUGAACGGUCUGUACGCCGGGUCCGCUGUGUCUGGUAACAAAUACCCGUUCUGGUGGUAUUGGAAAUCUACUACCGCAUUAAAGGGUACAUCUAUGCUGAUACGACCCAAGAAUUAACAUCAAUAUAUACCGUGUUUGACAAAUGACUAAGUAAUGUCCUGGAUUGACUUAUUUUACAUCAGAUGUCCAUGAUGAAGAGGGAUAGUAGCGGAUGGUUCAUAAAUAUCAAUGAAAUUAUCAGAAUGUUUACAAUCCAACUGUUUCUUUUAAAGCCGUGAACAAUAUCAUUUUGUGUAAAAUGAUUGAGUUGUAUUCCAUUAUAAGUAUAAAUCACUGAUUGCUAAACUCUGACAAAUGAUCAACAUAUUCUAUGUACAACUUGAUCUGUAUUAUUUUGAUCAACACAUGGAUAUUAAUUUGUGACGUAUCAUUAAUUAUCAUGAUAAAUGCUUGUACAUAGUGUAAACAUGUAUGUCAUUAAAUAGCUUCUUAAAGAAAUAGUUUGUAUUCCAGAUAAUAAUCAUCAUAUAGACAUUUUAUUUUGAUACAGUAAAUAAUCAUCAUAAAGACAUCUUUUUUUAAUACAUGCACAUGCACAUAUAUUUUGAUAUAGACACCCAUUUUACAAUGUUAACAGUAAGCUAACAUAACCCAAAUUCUGUAGAUAUACAAAACGGAUGCUAAUUUUUAGAUACCCCAGACAGUAUUUCUCUCAAUAGAGUCACGUGAUCAUAUCAGUCAAAUAUUACACAACAUUGGCAUUUUCCAUGUUUUUCCUUUAGUGACUUUACAAAUUUUGAUCAUAUCCAUAUUUCAUGAAUGUUAUGCAGCUGUGAACAAUGCGCGGAUGAAUCGUAACUUACAUAGUAAAUUUAUAGUACCGGAUAGUUAAUAUAUUAUAACUGAUGCAAGAUCUUCCAUGAUGGGAAAUUUAUCAAUUGUUAAAAAAUGUCGUCUUAUUAACGUUCAUUUAAUAUUGUGGGGUGAUGAAUGUCUUUCUGUAGAGAAAAAUAUAAGGCUUUGUGUUAGCUUUCAGAAAGAUAUUCGUGAGACUGGUUAUUCUAAUUUUGCUCCAAGUUAAUAUUUAAGCAAUAAAUAGUUUAACAAUGUAAGCGAUAAACAGUAUCAUAGUAUCAUGCUUUCUCUUGUUUACAUAUAUAAAUAUCUGAAUAGUCGCUUAUAUAUUGUAUGGCAUUUAUAAUUGUAUGAUGUGUAUUUCUUAAAUAAAUUGCUUCUGUACAAGUUCAA